AUGAACUCACAAUCGCAAUUCGACCCGGCGGUCAUGAUCGGGCUGGCUGGCGCCUCACCUGGGAGAACUGAGGACAACUUUGACAUUUUCGAAUGGUAUCCACGCUAUCAGAGUUGCCAACGCUAUUUCCUCGACCAUGCACAACACAGCGUGCCCGUCCAGGCACUAUCCGCCUUUUUAAACAUCAAAUUACCCUUCCAACGACAACCACACCCGAUCAUGAAUUCGAAUCCCGUGGCCGCACCCUCUACAGCAACUCCUACAGGCCCAGCACCACCUGGCCUACCCGCCGUAUCAUUGAUCCCGUAUAUUCGCCGGCUCGUUGCCACGGGCAUGGAUUUCCCAGGUGUGCUGCAUGGAUUCUUCGGAGACGACUGGAGCACAGGUGUUGGCCCAUUGCACGAGCAAGAACGUCGCAACUAUCUAUUCGCCGCGAAGAGUGGCGGCUGGGCAUCCGUGAAAAAGGACUACGAUAUUCCCCCGCUGGAAACAAUCCCAUUCCUGCGCCCGUUGCAGGGUCCCUUGGACGCGGAGAUUGAAGCUGCCGAACGCAGCUGGAGCGAGUGGCUCGCCAUGGAGGACUGGAUGGUUGGCCCACGAGCGCCGGAUAUUCUCCACGAUUCAUCUUCACAGAACUCGCGGCCGCGAAGUUCUCGCUGA